GCAAAAGAAUCCCUUGAAUCUGAUAUUCGCGAUGAGAAAGAACACAUUAAAGCGCUCGAAGUUGAAAUCCAAAACAUUACCGACCAAUUGCAAUCUGAACGGCGAGAUCACCAAUCCAAAAAUGAACAAUUAUCAAGAUAUGAAGAUGAACUGCAAGCUGUUCAAGAGCAAUGUAAUAGAUUUCGGGACGAAAUGGAACAGUUGCAAGAUAAUUUUGCGGUUGAACGAAAUCAAUAUAAGCAGCAACUUCAAAGGAUGGAGACUUCAAAUAAACGACGUGGUGGUGGUUCAAUUGAAAAUGAAGAAAUCAAGGCGCAACACGCUGAAGAUUGUAAAAUGUUACUUCAUGAGGUCCGAUAUCUCAAAGCAAAAUGCUACCGGGAAUCUGCAUUUCGUGCCGACUUGUGCUAUCAGAAGAAAUUUUUAAUGGUACUCCUUGGUGGCAUGGAAUCAUGUGAACAGGCAACUUUACUGUUGAUAUCAGACUUACAUAAUCCCACUCGCCGUGUUAUCUCACCGUUAUUGAACAAAUUCCGUAGUGCAGUUAUUACAGUGCUCGCAAUCCAAAGGAUGAGAAUACUUAAAAAUUCAUGGAAUCGACAUAAGGAAUUGAAACGAAAUAUACAACUACAACAGCAACGCUAUUAA